UUUUUCUCUGGGUAGAGUACCAGAACCUUUGAUUCUAACAGUCACAAACAAGAAAAAUAAAAAAGAGGUCGAAGUCUUGUUGGGUUCUCUCUGAAAGUAUGAUACGAGUUUCAAAGAUGAAAAUCUGUUUCCCUCUCUCAACAUUGACACAAAGAUUCUCCACACUCCAAGCUACUAAAUCGGUGAUCGAUAAGGCGGCAGUAGAUGGGGAGCUAAGAGUUUUCAUCGUCGCUGGCGAAGUCUCCGGCGAUAACAUCGGCUCUCGCCUUAUGUCCUCCCUCAAAAACCUCUCUCCUUUACCCCUCCGUUUCCAUGGAGUUGGAGGAUCAAUGAUGUGCAAGCAAGGAUUGACUUCGUUGUUUCCCAUGGAGGAUUUGUCUGUAAUGGGCUUGUGGGAGCUUUUGCCGCAUCUUUAUAAGUUCCUUUUGGGAUUGCAGGUGAAUUUAAAAGAGACGAUUGAUGCUGCAUCUAAGUUUAAGCCACACGUCGUUGUCACUGUCGAUUCAAAGGGCUUCUCUUUCCGUCUACUUAAAGAGUUAAGAGUUAGAUAUAAUGAGCAACACUUGGGAAAUUCUCCCGUGCAUUUUCAUUACGUGGCACCCUCGUUCUGGGCCUGGAAAGGAGGAGAGUCAAGACUCGGAGCUCUGUCUGAGUUCGUUGAUCAUCUUUUCUGCAUUCUUCCCAACGAGGAAAGGGUUUGUAGGGAACAUGGGGUUGAAGCAACCUUUGUUGGACAUCCCGUUCUUGAGGAUUCUUCUGAAAUCAACCUUGUGAGGAAAAUCUGCACACCUCAGGGCUUGAGUUUUCUAAGCAAAAACUCACUACCAUCUGACUCAACUGUUGUUUCGGUUCUACCUGGGAGUAGAUUACAAGAAGUUGAAAGAAUGCUACCAAUAUUUUCCAAAGCAAUUAAGCUACUCAAAGACCCGUUUCCUAAGCUAGUAACGCUCAUCCACGUUGCAUCCAACAGUCAAGUGGAUCAUUACAUUGGAAAAUAUCUCCGUGAGUGGCCAGUUCCAGCAAUACUAGUCCCUAGUGGAUCCACUCAACUUAAAUAUGAUGCCUUUGGCGUGAGUCAAGCUGCGUUAUGCACUUCAGGAACAGUUGCUGUUGAAUUGCAGCUUGCUCGUCUACCUUCCCUUGUAGCUUACCGAGCUCAUAUUUUAACAGAGCUGUUCAUCCGUUACAAAGCCAAGAUUCCUUAUAUCUCUCUCCCAAACAUUUUGCUCGACUCCCCCAUCAUUCCUGAAGCUUUGUUUCGAGCUUGCAACCCUUCUAAUCUCGCCUUGAUACUCGAGAGACUGCUCUUGGAUGAAGAGAUGAGAGAAAAACAAGUUGUCGCUGCUGAAAAGUUGGCACAGCUCUUGCAUCCAUCAGAAGGCGGAAUGAGCAAAUUGGUUCAUUAUACUGAUUUAGAUUCUCAUCGAUAUACACCCAGCAAUUUAGCAGCUUCGACUAUUCUUAGUUAUGCCAAGCUCUAGAAGCCUGUCACGAAGAAUAUUUAUCGCUUGCAAGUUACUGAAGUAUGCCAUCCUUCAAAUGGAAGUACCUCUCUGUUGUUACUGCUAACUUAUCUCAACGAUAUUAGCGCAUGUUCUAUGUGGAUUUUGUUUCUAUAAACCUCCACUCCAUUCUGGAUUCUUUGUUUCUGAUAACAAAUCAGCUUUGGCAGCAAGCUAA